CGGCGGCUGGUGGCAGCAGCUGCUCCGUGAGAGCCUGGGACCCGCCACCAUGUCGGGAGGAGGCAGCGCCGGGGAGUGGUGCCUGAUGGAGAGCGACCCGGGCGUCUUCACUGAGCUCAUCAAGGGCUUUGGUUGCAGGGGAGCACAAGUUGAAGAAAUAUGGAGUCUGGAGCCAGAGAACUUUGAAAAAUUAAAACCCGUUCAUGGGCUGAUCUUCCUCUUCAAGUGGCAGCCGGGAGAAGAGCCAGCGGGCUCUGUUGUUCAGGAUUCCAGACUAGACACACUAUUUUUUGCUAAACAGGUAAUAAACAAUGCUUGUGCUACUCAAGCCAUAGUAAGUGUGCUGUUAAACUGUAUCCAUCAAGAUAUCCAUCUAGGAGAGACACUAGCAGAAUUUAAAGAAUUUUCACAAAGUUUUGAUGCUGCGAUGAAAGGUUUGGCACUAAGCAACUCUGAAGUGAUUCGGCAGGUUCACAACAGUUUUGCCAGACAACAAAUGUUUGAGUUUGAUGCAAAGUCAUCAGCAAAAGAAGAAGAUGCAUUUCACUUUGUAAGCUAUGUUCCUGUUAAUGGAAGGCUAUAUGAACUAGAUGGACUAAGGGAAGGACCAAUUGAUUUAGGUGCCUGUAAUCAAGAUGAUUGGAUCAGUGCUGUCAGGCCUGUCAUAGAGAAACGAAUACAAAAAUACAGUGAAGGGGAGAUAAGAUUUAACCUUAUGGCCAUUGUGUCUGACAGAAAAAUGAUAUAUGAGCAAAAGAUAGCAGAACUACAGCAGCAACUUUCAGAGGAAGAGCCAAUGGAUACAGACGAGAGUGGUAAUAUGUUAAGUUCUAUUCAGUCAGAAGUUGCAAAAUAUCAGAUGUUAAUUGAAGAAGAGAACCAAAAACUAAAAAGAUACAAGAUUGAAAAUAUUAGAAGAAAACAUAACUACCUGCCUUUCAUCAUGGAAUUGUUAAAAACUUUAGCAGAACACCAACAGUUAAUACCACUGGUAGAGAAGGUGCAAAUGUGAAGGAACUUCCUUACGGCAAAAGAAAAACAGAAUGCCAAGAAAGCUCAGGAGGCCAAGUGAAGAUAAUUUUGGACGAAAAAUGUAUACAAUAAUGUGCUUCUGAUCUUGUUUUCAUGAAACAAGCCUACAAGACUUUUCCAUAAACUUUAAAUUUGUCCAGCGCACGUUUGGCAAUUCUAACAGUUUGUCUUGUAUCGUAUGUACGGGUCUAUAAAUCUCCUCCCCUUGCAUCAUGUGCAUGUAGUACCUACUAAGUAAUGUUUAGAGUCUCUUGAUCAAAUUCCAUUAUUUAACGGUUGUAUCUGAUCAAUUCCUCAUAGCUUAUUGGGAAGUAGAAUCGCCAUUGUUAUAGAUCUGAAAAUGUGCAAAUAAUGUACCCAAAUAUUUUAAGCUCUUCCUAAUGAAAAUAUUUACACCUUAUUCCAUGUUAAUGGACUUGGAUUUCUAAUGAUGCAGAGAAUGUGGGAAUUUUAAAAUAACAGUUUGACUUUCUCUGUUCAUCACCAUUAACAAUUGUUAUGGUCUCUGACUCUUCACCAACUUCCCCCGUGUCUUUGUUUUUAUGAACUUUGACUAAUUUUUUACAGAGUUGAAAAGUAUGAAUUUAGCUGUAAACCACUUGCAAAGACCAAUGUGUAAUCUCAAAAGAUCUGCAUUGCUUUAGUAGAAAAGAUAAUAAAUAUUCCCAUUUUUAUUUUGGCA